CUAGGCGAGAUUGAGCCGAAGCUCGCACUGACAUUCACAUGUACUGUUGAGGGAUGCGGCGAGCGAUCGAGCCACCAGUUCACAAAGCGGAGCUACGAAAAGGGCAUCGUCCUCGUGCAGUGUCCGGGAUGCAAGAAUCGGCACCUGAUUGCAGAUCAUCUCGGCUGGUUUGCCCAGGACGCGUCGGAGCCAAAGACGAUUGAGGAAAUGGUCGCCCAGAAGGGAGGCAGGGUCCAACGCGGCGUCAACUGGGUCGAUGACAAGGGCUAUGACACCGUCGAAAUCUUUGAC